UGUUUUGUAGUUCAACACUGUAUUGGAAGCGUCAUCGAAGCUGUGGGGAUGGGAACAGCAACACCACAAAGCUACCCUUCAACAUACCUCACCAGAUAUCAAAAAGAUGAGCGCAGCAUUCACCAAAGCAGCCGAAGAGGUCAAGAACCUCAGCAAGAAGCCAAGCAACACUGAAUUGCUCGAGCUCUACUCGCUCUACAAGCAAGCAACUGUGGGUGACAACACCACGCCCAAGCCUGGCAUGUUCGACAUGACCGGCAAGGCCAAGUGGACUGCUUGGGAGGAGAAGAAGGGACUCUCAAAGGAGGACGCCGAGAAACAGUACAUUGAAUACGUUGAGAAGCUCAAGGCUGCAUAAUCGCAGGU